GAAAUUAAGCAGCAACGAACACAGGCCUCCCCUUAGGACACGUGACCUUACUCCUUUCCGUUUUGUUGUAAGAGUCAGUAAAAGGAGUUGAUGGCAGUUUUAAUAGCAAGUCACCAUGGAGAAAAGGACAAGCUGCAGUGUGCAGACAUCUACAAACUGUGACAACUCUCUGGAAAUACUGAAUUCUGCCCACCAAGCUACAGGAGCUGUGCAAAUGAGAAUCAAAAAUGCCAACAGCCACCAAGACAGGCAGAGCCAAACUAAAUCCAUGAUCCUCACCGAUGCUGGGAAGGUCACUGAACCUAUUUCCCGGCACAGAAGGAAUCAUUCACAGCAUGUGUUGAAAGAUGUCAUUCCACCACUAGAACAUCCAAUGGUUGAAAAAGAAGGGUAUCUUCAAAAAGCCAAAAUUGCAGAUGGAGGAAAGAAACUAAGGAAAAACUGGUCUACUUCCUGGAUUGUUCUUUCUGGUCGAAAAAUUGAAUUUUACAAAGACUCCAAGCAGCAAGCUCUUCCUAACAUGAAAACCAGGCACAACGUGGAAAGUGUGGAUUUGUGUGGUGCACAUAUAGAAUGGGCCAAAGAAAAAUCAAGCAGAAAGAGUGUCUUUCAGAUCACAACAGUGUCAGGAAAUGAGUUCCUUCUACAGUCAGAUAUUGACUUCCUCAUAUUGGAUUGGUUCCAAGCUAUCAAAAAUGCAAUUGACAGAUUGCCAAAGAAUCCAAGUUGUGGGUCCCUGGAGUUGUUCAAUUUGCAGAGAUCCUCAAGUUCUGAACUGCCGAGUCACUGCCACAUCGAUAGAAAAGAACAGAAACCAGAACACAGGAAGUCCUUCAUGUUUCGACUGCACCACAGUGCUUCUGAUACAAGUGACAAGAAUCGCGUGAAGAGCAGACUGAAGAAGUUCAUCUCCAGAAGACCUUCUCUGAAAACUUUGCAGGAAAAGGGACUCAUUAAAGAUCAAAUUUUUGGCUCUCAUCUGCACACAGUGUGUGAACGAGAACAUUCCACAGUUCCAUGGUUUGUAAAGCAAUGCAUUGAAGCUGUUGAAAAAAGAGGCCUAGACGUUGAUGGAAUUUAUCGAGUUAGUGGCAAUCUUGCAACAAUACAGAAGUUAAGAUUUAUUGUCAACCAAGAAGAGAAGCUGAAUUUGGAUGACAGCCAGUGGGAGGACAUCCACGUCGUCACCGGAGCACUGAAGAUGUUUUUCCGGGAGCUGUCUGAACCGCUCUUCCCUUACAGUUUCUUUGAGCGGUUUGUGGAGGCGAUCAGGUCAACGCGUGUACUCCCAGUCCCUGCCUUGAUAUUUUCAGAAUUGCACUGUUUGCAGACAAAGAGAUCUUGCAAGGGAACCUAAAUAUAUUAAAUAUUGUGUUUCAUUAAAUAUGUGUUAAAUCAUCAGUUCCAUCUCUUGGCUCCCUCAGUUGUUCCCUCACCAACAACAGUAACUAUCUAGAGUUGGCUUCUGGGUAAUGUAUAAGGUUAAGUGUCAGCAGGUUUCCUGGAAUGGGUACUCCAUGAAACUUCUCUUGCUGAUGUAUUACUUUCUCAUUUAUAAAAGGGAUGAUCUAAAGUGAAAUGGUAUGAACGAACAAAUGAAUGAACAAAUGAAUGAAUGAAUGAAUAAAUGAAUGAAUGAAAUAGCUUCCUGUAAGGAAACUUUUGCUGUAGAUACUUGGAAAAACAAACACUUGAAUAUCACUAAGCUUAAUAUCAUCGGGUACAUUUCCUAUAAUUGUGACAGCUUGGAAACAUCUCCUGGCAAGCAGGCUGAUAUAAGAAGGACAGAGAAAGAAAGAAAAAAGAAAGGUAAAAUUAAAAACCUUGCAAGCCUGGCAGGAGCUUAAUUAAAGUACCAACAAGAAAAAUCUCCAAGGAAAAAUGUUCCACUUAGGAGGUCUGAUCUUGGAUGCUGUGUGUGAAGGGUUCCCAGUAGUAGGAGUGAGGACUUGGGGGCCAAUGCUGGAAAAAAAAGCCCUUCAAUGUGCCCUUUCAGUCUUGUUUUUUUCACUGGGAAAAAUUCUUCACACUUUUAAAGCUUUGUGAAAUGAAAUCAAUAGUAUGAAGACGAGGGUUUUCCCUCCCAGUCUCUCCUUCAGCCUGCUCACAGUUUCAGAUUGUCUUGUUGUCUGCCUAUUGUUUAAGGACAUAAGAGUAUUCCUGACUGGGGGCUAGGGUAAGCCUAGAGUUUUAAUCCCUCUGGAGAGGAAUGAUUUAUAGUUCUUAGGUUCCCUAACCUACAACUUAAAAGGAAUAAUAAAGAACUUGUAAGCAAGCAUGCAUCCCAUUCACCAGUCUGAUGUCCUAAAUUCAUACAUGCGCAUACACUGGGAGAGCAACCUGGGAAACUGUAAAGAGUUCUGUGCAGACGCCUUUCUUAAUUGUGUAUAUUUAGUAGUAUGCAUGCCACAUUUCGACCUCUAUACUUCUAAGUGACAAUUAUCUCAUCUGGAAACAUACCGGCAUAUUUGCUGAGCAGGGGAAUAUUGUAUAAGAUACCCAUCAAUUAGGCUUCCUACUUCCUUUAGUUUACAUGAUUCCAAAGAUAUUAGUGAGCCAUUCCCAUGGGCUAAGCAUAUGGAAAACGGGUCCUCAGAGCUCAUUUGGGUAUGUGCCCUUUGAACCCCUGCAAGAAAUGUGGUCAUUUCUAAGAUAUUUUAGAGUUAAACCUGAACUGGACCUAGUUUUAGCAAUACAGGCAAUGAUUAGAACUGAACAGCUGAGAGGAGACAGGCAGCAUUCUUAGGAAUGGCUUAGAGAGAGCCUCUGCAAACAGUUAUGAAAUAGCUAAUGGUGCAAAUGAAGAUCAUGUUUAAUAAAGUCUGCUUAAAAAUUCAAUAUAUUGUACACAUACUGGCAGUAGCUUUCCAGGUGAUCUGUGUUGAGAAAGCAAUCUGAAACUGAAGAGAUAGAAUAUCCCCCACUAAAAUUCAUAUGUUGAAGGCCCUGAGAGGUAGGGCCUUUGGAAGGUGAUAAGGUGUAAGGCAGAGUACUCCUGAUAAGGUUAACACCUUUAUAACAGAAGCCCUAGGGACUGUGAGGCAGUUCAGAAGGUAAAGAUGCUCAUUACCAAGCUUUCAGACUUGCAUUUGAUCUCUGAAACCCAUCUAGUAGAAGGAGACAACUGACUCCUACAAGUGUCAUCUGACUUUCAUGUAUAUAUCAUGGCACAUUCAUAAUGAAACAUAGACAGAU